AUGACGUCCAUUACAUCGACCGCGCCCCGCGUUCCAAUCCCGAAAAAUGGGGUGGACUAUCGAGGCAAAGUCGUCCUCGCACCGAUGGUCCGCUCCGGGGAGACCCCUUCACGACUCGUUUCUCUCAGAUAUGGUGCAGACCUGGUAUGGGGCCCGGAAACCAUCGACCGCUCGAUCAUUGGCGCAAAACGGCGCAUUAACCCUCGGAACUCGAUGGUAGAAUUCACCCGUAUGCCCUCGAACGGUGGCCGGACCGAUAAGCCAGCCGAAGAAGCAGUGAUAUUUAGAAUUGAUCCUAUUCGCGAGAGGGGUAAAUUGGUCUUUCAGCUCGGCACCGCAACCCCGUCGUUGGCUGUGGAAGCGGCGAAAAUCGUUGCCGCAGACGUAUCCGGAAUAGAUGUCAACUCGGGCUGCCCGAAGCCCUUUAGCACAAGUGGUGGAAUGGGUGCGGCGCUCCUUCAAACUCCGGAUCGACUGGUUUCUAUUCUCGAGGCGCUGGUCGAAGAAGUGGGAAAGCCAUACGAGAUUGGAAUUUCUGUCAAGAUCCGCAUUCUUGCGGAGCCGGAGCGGACAGAGUCACUCGUUACCCGUCUAUGCAAAACCGGCAUAACCGGCCUUACCGUGCAUUGCAGAACGACUCCCAUGCGUCCACGUGAAGCAGCCAUCCGUGAACAGCUGCCCAUGAUAGCAUCCAUCUGCCGAAAGGCAGGAGUAGCAUGUGUGAUGAAUGGCGACGUGACGUCGCGUGACGAGGCCAUGACUCUCAUUCGCGAGUACGGCGUCGACGGCGCGAUGAUUGCCACUUCCGCAGAAUCUAAUUUCUCCUGUUUCCGCUCACAAGCCGAUGGCGGCUUAGCGCAUUGGCGCGACCUUGUGCGAGCCUACAUCGAAGCGGCGAUGCAGUGCGAGAAUCGAUGGGGAAAUACAAAAUACCUACUUAAUCAACUCAUCCCAGGAAAAGACAAGACCUUUGCCGAAGCCAAAAGAUCCAAAACCUACCACGAUUGCAUAACGGUCCUGGGAUUCGAAGAUCUCAUUCCCAGGGCGAAAGAGGUGGACGAAAUACUCGGAAUUACUAAACGCAGUGUCAUAGGCACCGAGUCAAAAAAGAGCCCAGCCGUCCUCAAGGCCAUUGAAGGAAAUAGUACCGCAAAAGCAGCCAGCAACGGUGGAACCGCGCCAGCCCGCACAGGGUCGUUGAUAUCUAAACAGGGCUCUGCUGAGUCGAGUAUAACAGAGAUACCAACCAAAUUGGCUGAAACUUCGCAUCUUCCUUCCAGUCCUCUCAUGGUAUAG